AUGAAUGCGCUUCCUGAAGAGGAACGCCCAAUUAUUGGCUCUGUUGGAGAACAAAACCGCAAAUCUCGUCUACAGUUUCAGCUUCCAUUGUACGACUGCAACGUGGACGAUGCACGAUUCGCUAAUGAACAAGACAAGGAGGUGUUCCGACGAUUCCUCGAGAAUGUUCGCAAGCACGUUAUCGGUGUCGGACAGGUACAGGAAAUUACUCCGAAGAAGAGUACCGGCGUAGACACGAACGAUUUGGAAGAACUCGCAAAGGAAAUUGCUGGCAUCAGUGUGGGAUCAGUGAAGUGCAAAUCGUGCACGGAUACGAUACCCAUCGGCGACGUCGGUAUCAAGACGGACCACGGGCCAAAGAAUGAUGUGUGGCAUCCGAACUGCUUCCGAUGUGCCCAGUGUGAUCAACUGCUUGUCGAUAUGCUUUAUUUCCAUUACCAAGGUAAAUACUACUGUGGGAGGCAUUUCGCUGAUUUACAAUAUCCACGAUGCGCUGGAUGUGAUGAGCUGAUUUUCGCUCGUGAAUACACAUUUGCUGAAGAGAAGUCCUGGCAUUUCGAUCACUUUGCUUGUCUCAAAUGUGAUUUUCGUCUUGGCGGCCAUCGCUACAUGAUGAAGAACGAUCAUCCACACUGUAUCGACUGCUACAUGAAACACUUUGCUCGGAACUGUGACACGUGUGGUCAAAAGAUCGGUCCCGACGAGAAACGCUUGAAUUAUCAAGACUUCCAUUGGCAUGCCAAGCCAGAAUGCUUUCACUGCCGUCAGUGCAACAUGGAUUUGAUUGGAAAGAAAUUCAUUUUCAAAGAUCACCAUCUAUUCUGCUCAUCUCAGUGUAAAGCGGAUUUUAUAAACAAAUCAUAG